AUGUUAGCUCAGAGCAAUACGCCUAUGCGUAUUGCAACUUAUUCUCAGUUGUAAAAAGGGGCGUGGAAUUGUUUCUGCGAAAAGGAAACUGGAAAGUGGUUUGAUCAGUGUUAACCACGUUGUAAGAGUUGUACUUGUAAAUUAUUUGACAAGACAAAAGUGUGAUACACUUGUGGCACAGAGAAGACAUGAGGACACCUAAUACUUCAUACCUUUUGUUGAACGUCAGCUCAAAUCCACUCCCCUGACCUCCCACUCCCAUCGAUGCUGAUCCUCAUCCUCUCUCCUGUGUGGAAGCCCUGGUUGUAGACCGCCAUGUCGGACCCCCCCGAUCCCAGCGAGGAUGUCUCCUCCUGGCUCAACAGCCUCCACCUGGCCCAGUACAUCGGCUGCUUCCAACAGGGGGGCUACUGGCACCUGGAGGACUGCAGGGACCUGACGGAAGAGCAUCUCCUGGAGCUCGGCGUGAACCCUACAGGCCACCGUAGACGCAUCCUGCGCAGCGUGGAAGCCCCGGGGGCGGAGCCGGAGGGGCAAGCCAGCGGGAGGGGCCGGGGGAAGCCGGUCCCUCGGCCGAGACACAUCUUCAAGGACACGAAGAGAGCAGCGUCCUGCCGGCAUCCCGAGCCAACCGGGCGGCCCGAUGUCUCGAAAGGCGGGCAGACUUUACUGCCGGGGGCGGGGCUAUGGUCAGAGGACACCGAGGGGGGGUGUUCCGACUCCUCCUCCCCCAGCGGGUCUCUCCGAAUCCCCCUGCCUGCCCAGCGAGACCCUCGCAACAUCCGCAACACCUCGUCCAGCGCCUCCACCGCCAGCAGUAGCGACUCUGUCUCUGUCUCACCCCUGCCCUCUGAUUGGGAGAUGUGCUCGGAGGACCUCUUCCCUUUCGCAGGGGAGAUCCAGACGGGUUCAGCCAAGCCCCAGUCCUGUGCCAGUGAGGAACCAGAGGGCUUCCAGGGAGAGAUGGUGGAUAAUGCCAUUUAUGAGGACUCCUCCAGGUUCAAGGGGCCCCGCGGUCUUAUGCCUAGCCACUCCUACAAACUCAGGCAUCGGCCUGUUCCAGAGAUCCCCGGCAAGGCCAUCCUGCCCCUCCAGGACUGGCGGGCACCCACGCCUUUAACAACCAGCGCAGAACACCUACCAACCAACCAGGCUCCCGCUGGUGCGAACGGCAAGCAGAAAUCCUCACUUCAGAGAACCUUGACUCCGAUUCACCCUUACGGAGAAACCUUUCUGUACAACAACCCAGGGACCACGUUGGAGGGAGACUCCAGGAGGGAGACCAAGGUGAACAAAACAAAGAAACUGAGAAAGAAACACGGCAGGCAGGAGCAGCUGGACGAUGGCGGCGUGGACCGAAGCCAUCCACCCCUCGCCUCGAUCGCCUCCAACCUCUACGAGGACGCCUACUCAACCGUCAAAGAGUGCACCGUCGCUUUGGCACAAGCCAAUCGGGGCCCGACACACGACAUCCCUCCCCCCCUCGCCGCCUCUGGCCCCGCGUCCAUGACGAUGGUCGAGUGCGACCUCUACUCCGAGUCCUUUGAUGCUCUGGGGGGUCUCAUCAGGAAUACUUUACCCCUCCAGACAGAUAUCUCUCCCUACGCCUGCUUCUACAGUGUCCCCAAAACCACACUGAAGACCGGUUGGCUGGAUAAGCUGUCCCCUCAAGGAAAGCAUGUUUUUCAGAGAAGAUGGGUGAGAUUAGAUGGAGAGGGUCUCGCCUACUACAACAAUGACAAGGAGAUGUACUCCAAAGGCUUGAUCCCACUGGGGGAUAAGCAGGUUCGACUGCAGGGGGACAACAAGUUUGAAGUGGUCACCUUGCUGCGAGUCUUCAUCUUCCGCACAGAGAGAGAAGCAGAGCGUCAGGAGUGGACAGAGGCUCUACAGACUGCCAUCACUUCCCCAGCUCCCAUGUCCCAGAAGCCCUCCAGUAAGAGCCGGGGCGGGGGCGUCCUGGCGACCAGCAGGAGCAGCUCCUUGGAGCUGCGAGGCUACAAAGGCAAGGUGUUCGUGUCCCUGGCCGGCACCAGGUUCAGGCUCUGCAAAAGUGAACAGGACUUCAAGGCCGGCCUGGCCAUCACCGUGGUGGAUCUGACUGCCGCCAACAUCAGAGACGUGGACAGGAGAGGCUUCGAGAUCAACACACCUUUCAAAAACUUCUGUUUCACGGCCGAGUCGGAGUGGGAGAAGGAGGAGUGGAUUGAAGCGGUCCAGGAAUCGAUCGCCGAGACUCUUUCCGAUUACGAAGUGGCGGAGAAGAUCUGGUUCAAUGAGUCCAACAGGAGCUGUGCCGAGUGCGGGUCGCCCCAGCCCGAGUGGGCCUCCGUCAACCUGGGGGUCGUCGUCUGCAAGAAGUGUGCAGGUCAACACCGCUUCCUGGGCCCCAGUCUCUCCAAGGUGAGGAGCCUGAAGUUAGACAGCACGAUCUGGAGCAACGAGCUGGUGGAGCUCUUCCUGGAAGUGGGCAACAAGAACGCCAACAGCUUCUGGGCCGCCAACCUGCCCCCUGAGGAAGGACUCCUCAUUGCGGCGUCGCCCGAGCAGCGCACAUCCUUCCACCGCAGGAAGUACAGAGAGAGGAAGUACCGGCGCGUUCUGGAGGGCCUGCACGACCAGGAGCAGCUGAACCAGGCGCUGUGUGCUGCCGUGGUCCUGCCUGACGUGCUGGAGACCAUGGCCCUGGUGUUCAGUGGAGCUGACGUCAUGUGUGCCACGGGAGACCCCGUCUGUUCCACCCCCUACCUCCUGGCCCAGAGGGCAGGCCACAAGCUGCAGAUGGAGUUCCUUCACCAAAACAAACUCUCAGAUUUCCCCAUGCUGGACCCGGUGUCUGAGCGCAGCGCCGCGUCCGACGCCCCCUCCUUCAUGGACGGCUUCCUCUACUGCUCCCCCGGCCCCUCCAAGGCCACCCUGGACCGACGAGGCCGAGACAGAGACGACCUUGUGCGACGCUGGUGCACCCUAGAAGGGGGUUUCCUCAGUUAUUACGAGAACGAGCGCACGCCCGCCGCCUUGGGCAGAGUGGACAUCACCGAUGUCAUCAGCCUGACCGUCAACCACGCUGAGACCAUGACCGGAGCAGGGGCUGUGUUCACGGUGGAGCUCUACCUUCAGUCAGAGAGAGUGCUGCUGUUCGGAGCCGAGACGGAGGAAAAGCAGCAGGACUGGGUCCGUGCCAUUACCAAGUGUUUCGUCCCGGCUAAAGUGGAGGCUAUGUUGAGGCCAGAUAGCGAGCUGAUUGGCCGGCUCUUCUACAAGGAAGGUCACGACCUCUACCAUUGGAGAGUUGGCUGGUUCUCUCUGGAAGGCUCCACCCUCCACUUCAGCUCGGGGAAGACGGAGGGCACAGAAGGGGCACUGCAACUCAAACAACUACAGGAACUUACGAUCUCUACCUAUGUGGAAGGUGAGGAGAGGAUGCAGGUGCUUCUCAUGGUGGAAGGAGGAAGAACUGUGUACAUUCACAGCUACAACAAAGUGGACUUCGCACUGUGGCACUCUGCCAUCCGAUUGGCCGCGGGCACAGACGGAAAGGCGUUGAGAAACCAGCAGCUCAGUAAAAAUGGCGUCCCCAUCGUCGUCGACAGCUGCAUUUCCUUCGUCACCCAGUAUGGUCUGGGUCAGGAGGGGCUGUACCAGAGGAAGGGGGAUCCGGCCCGUGUAGCCCAGCUCCUGGAGGCCUUCAGGGGGGACGCGCGCAACGUCAAGCUGAGGGUCCAAGAGCAUGGCCUGGAGGACGUCACCCAGACCCUACGGACGUUCCUGUCCCAGACAGAGGACGCCCUCCUGGCCAAGGAGCUCUACCCCUACUGGGUGUCCGCUCUAGAUGAGGAGGACGAGAGGGACCGAGUGAAGAAGUACUCUGCCUUCAUCCGCAGCCUGCCCAAGAUCAACAGGUCCACCCUGGCGGCCCUGCUGCAGCACCUGUUCAGGGUCCAGUGGUGCUCUCACCUGAACCAGAUGCAGACUCAGGACCUGGCCCGCCUCUUCUCCCCCUGCCUCUUCCAGACAGACGGCCAGAACCAGCAGGAGGCCGGCGUGGUGCAGGACCUCAUCAACAACUAUGUGCAGCUGUUUGAUGUCCAGGAGGACCAAGUGAAGCAGAUGAAGAAGGAGAACAGUUUCAUUACGAGGUGGAAUGACAAAAAGGAUGCCACAUUCUCUCCAGCAGGGGACUUGAUCUUUGAGGUGUACCUGGAAAGGAGAGAGCCCGAAAACUGCUGCUUAAUCAAGCUGUCUCCAACCAUGCGGUCAGGUGAGUUGACGGAGACCACUCUGGGAAUGAAGAACAUUGUCACAAACGCCGGUGACUUUUGGACCGCAUACGAAGUUAUCGAGAAUGGAGAGCUAGAACGACCACUGCACUACAAGGAGAAGGUUCUAGAACAGGUAUUGGAAUGGAGCACAAUGGACGACCCUAGCUCCGCCUUCCUUGUCAUCAAAAAGUUCAAAGGAGUCAAAACAGGUUCUGAACGUUUAGGACAGAAGCAGUGUCUGAAAGGCAACUACUUGAAGUACAGGGAUGGAUCCUCGAAGCUGCUAACUGCCAGUAAAUUCCAGGACAGAUAUGUUGUCCUCAAGGAUGACAAGCUGCUCCUGUAUAAAGACAUUAAAAACACUAAACCAGAGAGAGAGAUCCCAAUCAAGUGUGGGAAGUGUUACCUGGGCCUCAAGAAGAAACUGAAACCUCCAACCAGUUGGGGCUUCACCAUCUAUACAGACAAACAGCAAUGGCAUUUCUGCUGUGAAGGGGAGGAGUCACAGGUAACCUGGGUGACUGACAUCAUUCACAAAAUGCAUGGAGCGGACCUGUGGUCUAAGAGCACCGACCACAAAACACCAGUAGGUCACAAAGCCACCAGUGGUAGAGCUGUAGCUGGUGGCCAGAAAACCAAGCACAACAUCCCCAAGCAACCGCCAGAAAAAGUAUUUUCCCUUCACCUCAGCCCGAGUGACGGUGGGCCCAGCCCUGGUGUGGGGGGCAGUGCCCUGUUCAAGGCUACCCUCCUGGCUGACUGCCUGAAACCAAAGAACCAGCUCAGCAUCCCUGACGCGGGCCAGAAGAGAGCCUCCGUGCCGACCCUGCCAAGCUGCCCCUCCCCCCGCCCCGCGCCCGGGCCCAUGCCCCUGCCCCUGUCCCCUAAGCCCGGGACCAGGGGCCCCAACAGGAGGCCCCAGCGGGGCGGCGAGGGUGCCAUGCCCCCCAGUUUUCUCCGCGAGCUCAACACGGUGCUGAGCAAGACGGGACGCAUCGCCAAAGACGAGAGCUGA